AUGUCGUUCUCUAAUCGGCAUUCGAUAUAUUCUACUACCUCAGCAUCACCUUAUGGUGGUAAUGCUGCACAAACUUCUGGAACCGUCACGACUUCUUCCCUGCUUUCUGCUCUUCACAAUGCCUACCAAUCCGGUAUUCCUCAUGCUCUCGAUGCGAGCACGGUUUUGGUUGUCAAUUCGAGCAAUAGUGGUGGGACAGGAGGUUUCGGCACCGGUGUAAUUGACGAGACACUUGGAACGAGAGCUUGGGAACACGCCAGACGACGAGCAGAGGACCAGACAAUCCUCCUGGGGUAUGCUUCCAUCUCCCCAUCCCAUCGUUUGAUUUCAGCUGUUUGGCCCUCCUGCACUGGCUUCGGUACUGGGGGAUGGUUUACUAACUUCGUUUUUCGCAGAUCUCUCCAUUCAAACGCCCCCUCCCUGCUUCUGCCACUUCUUGGAACUCUCCCAUCGCCCCCCGACAUCUUGAAUACAUCUCUUGCGUUGGUAUCUGCGUUCACUUCAUGCCUGACACCUUCCUCUCCCUUCCCCGUUCCUUAUCACAACGGACUUGCCGUUACCCUGCAAAUAUCUCUCUCUGGAUCCAUUACCGGUGCCCAUAUUUCCGUUUCGGCUGCUGGCCUCGACACCCAAAACGGCCUCCUUCGAAUCCCAGCUCAGGCGGGGUAUCGGGCGUUCGAUGUUUUCUAUUACCUGCUUUCGGCAGCAUCGACCCCAGCCGAGAGGCAAGGCCUAGGCCUGCAAUCAGCUGAGAAGUAUUCUUUGUUGGCCAGAAGCGGCACAUAUUCUCUUCCUAGCUACCUCCCAACUGCGGAUGAUUCUGCGGCCGCAGAGGAUUGGAGGGCCAACCUCAGGGCGGUCGGGAUCAAGGGAAGCCUUCUUCGGGGGCUGCUCUCGGCUCUUGCUGGGAUCUUAAAGCUCGGUAAUGCACUUGGCUUAUUAGUCGAUGAGGAGAUUAUUGAAGAAGUAUGCGAAGAUGUUUCAGGACUCCUGGGUAUUGAGCCGGAGAUACUGGCUAAAAAGGUUGGUGAUGGGGAGAGAGAACUAUUCAUUGCGGUUGUCUACGAGGCCAUUGUCGAAUGGAUCGUGGCGAGGGCAAACGAGGCCAUCGCGGCAGACUUUGCGGCUAGGAAGGAAGCUGAGUCGAGCUCCGAAGAUAGCCAGGAAGGUGAUACCGUACAAAUAACCGUUCUCGAGUUACCAAAUGAAAAAAUGGCCAAGGCUCUGUGCCUCAAAGGUGUCUUUGACGACGAGGGCGGUCUCAACGUGGAGAUGAAACUGGACGGCGUCGAGAUACCGAGCGUUAGCGGGACUGUCCACCGAGAAAUGAAGGGCUCGUGGGCCGAGGCCGAAAAGGAGGGAUUAGUGGGCAAUAGCCGGGAGAGCGAGUAUGAGAGGGACCGGCGGGAAAGUGUCGUUGAGAAGACUGGCCGGGAUGCCGAGGAAGGUGGGUUUUUGAAAGAAUUGCUAUUCCCUGGCGAAUUUGGUCGAUCCCCAGGGGCUGUGAAGUUUGAAACAACCCAACUACUCGCCGCUAGUAGAGUUUGGUGGCAUUUAUCACUCUUCCCGUCGGAUGGUAUCCCAUCCGGUCUUCAGCCGGCUCCCUGGUCCGCUUCUGCAGUUAGUAGGCAACUGAGGAGUUGGAGACUGCCAGAAUGGGCCAAUCGUCGAACAAAGCAUCUUGACUUCACCGCCGACUUUGAUUUCGACGAAUUUGCUGUUCGAUACUCUCCCUUGGGUUGCACAAGCGGUAGAGAUGGGGUUGAGAGCUGGGUCAUUGAGAGAGGAUGGAGCAACGGGGAGGUAGUUGUUGGGCGGGAGAGGGUAUGGAUGAGGGAGGGGAGCUGGUGGGAAGCAGAGAACAUGCUUGAUUUGAAGCAGCCGGGGGUCCCACCGAGUAUGAUGGGAAUGAACGCCGGGCCUAUGGAAGCCGGCUAUACUCAUAACACCAACGGAAGUAGUUACUUUGGACCAAUAGGAGGAAUGGGAGUGAGCCCACCUGGCUCGACCUCCCAGCUUUUGCAAAACCAGGGCAGCGCGGGAGGCAGAGGACUUCUUGGAAGUUCUCCUCUUGGCCACAAUCAGGACAGUUCUGAGCAGGGAGCGCUUUUAUCCAAAGACGAGCAAGAACAUUAUGCUAGGAAACUUGACCUAGAAACGGCCGGUGGGGCCAAGCACGUUGAAAGUGUCCCUACGUCGAAAACCCGGAAAAUAUGGGUUGCCGUGGUGUGGGCAAUGACUUGGUGGAUUCCUAGCCUUUCCCUCCGAUUCGUUGGUAGAAUGAAGAGACCAGAUGUCCGAAUGGCUUGGAGAGAAAAAUUUGUUCUUUUCUUCCUUAUCUUCGUCUUGAACGCUGCAAUCGUCUUCUGGAUUGCCUUUUUCGCUAAACUUCUUUGUCCGGACUACGAUAGAGCUUGGAACCAGGGGGAGGUCCGGUAUCAUCAAGGAGAGAACGAUUUCUGGGUCAGUAUUCAUGGCCAUGUAUACGAUGUCACCUCUUUCUGGACCCUCCAACACAGCGAUUCCAAUAUCAAGACUACUAGGGAAAAUAUGAUUGAUUUUGCUGGCUUGGACCUCUCCCCGUACUUCCCACCUCCAAUUAACCUUGGAUGCUCGGACUUCGUACAGUCCAAUUUGAUCAACAUGCAAUAUAACGACACCUCUGCUCAACGGCUCGUUGUUGGUGUUCAUGCUUCGGGUCCGAGGAAUGCCCAGGAUCCCACCUCCAAGCUCCAUUCCGCUGAUUGGUACUCCCAGACCUUUCUUCCAAGGAUUAAGGAGUACCGGAAGGGCGACCUCGUCUGGGAUCGCAAGACGAUCAAGAAGGAUGGCGUAGCAUUUAAUAAGCCUUGGGGAAUUAUCGACGGAAGGGUCUAUGAUCUCACGGAUUACCUCUAUACCGCCGACCAGAACCCUAACUCUGGCGCUGCCAAUGUCCCCAACUACAACUAUCUUGGAUCGGCCCUCGAAGACAUCUUCAAGAACAACCCGGGCUCCGAUCUCACCAAGCAGUUCCGCGAGCAAUUGAACUCCACUGCUCAGGCCCAGACCCUCAGAUGCCUCAAUAACCUCUUUUACAUUGGCAAAACCGAUUUCAGGAAAACUGCUAAAUGUCAGGUCAACAGUUACAUUCUUCCUGCAUUUGCUGGUAUCAUUUCCGCCGUUAUCCUUGCCAAGUUCUUGGCUGCUCUUCAGCUUGGAUCUAAGCGUCGUCCCGCUAUGCAAGAUAAGUUUGUUAUCUGCCAGGUUCCUGCCUAUACAGAGGGUGAAGACCAACUCCGCAAGGCCCUUGAUUCUUUGACUGCGCUGAACUACGACAAUAAGAGAAAGUUGCUUUGUGUUGUCUGCGAUGGUAUGAUUGUUGGGGGAGGCAACGAUAGGCCUACACCUAACAUUAUCCUUGACAUCCUUGGCGUUGACCCCAAGAUUGAUCCCCCUGCCCUUCCGUUCAAGAGCGUUGGGGAAGGAAGUGCUCAGCUCAACUACGGAAAGGUCUACUCUGGCCUCUAUGAGUACGAAGGGUGUGUCGUUCCUUAUGUGGUUGUCGUUAAGGUCGGGAAGCCAUCUGAGCACGGGAAGUCGAAGCCCGGUAAUCGCGGCAAACGUGAUUCUCAAGUCCUCCUUCUGGAUUUCCUUAACCGUGUUCACCACCGUACCCCCAUGUCCCCUCUUCAGCUAGAAAUGUUCCACCAAAUCAACAAUAUCAUUGGUGUUGAUCCCGAGCUCUACGAAUACCUUCUCAUGGUUGACGCCGAUACUAGCGUCAAGGAGGAUUCUCUGAACAGGCUCGUGGCUGCAUGCGCGAAUGAUGGUAAGAUCGCGGGUAUUUGUGGGGAGACUAGUUUAGAAAACGAGGAACGCAGUUGGUGGACUAUGAUCCAAGUUUACGAAUACUAUAUCUCUCAUCAUCUUGCCAAAGCUUUUGAGAGCUUGUUCGCUUCCGUCACUUGUUUGCCUGGUUGGUAAGUACAGUUUGGCCCCUGUUGGGAGGAGAGCUAGGCUGAUCAUUUUAGUUUCUGCAUGUAUCGUUUGCGCACUCCUGACAAGGGCCGUCCGCUUAUCAUAUCCAACAAGGUCAUUGACGAGUACUCAGAUGGCAAUGUCGAUACUCUGCAUAAGAAGAAUUUGCUGUCUCUUGGAGAAGAUCGUUACCUUACCACCCUUAUGACCAAGCACUUUCCCUACAUGAGCUACAAGUUUGUCCCCGAUGCUUUUGCACACACCGCUGCUCCUGAAACCUGGAGUGUUUUGCUCUCCCAGAGACGUCGUUGGAUCAACUCGACCAUUCACAACUUGUUCGAACUGUUUUUCCUUAAGGAGAUGUGCGGAUUCUGCUUCUUCUCUAUGAGAUUUGUCGUGUUCCUGGACUUGAUGGGAACUAUUAUCCUUCCGGCUACCUGUGUCUACUUCGGUUUCCUCAUCUAUGUGAUUGCAAGCAAGACAGGCCCUAUGCCGAUUCUCUCGCUGGUCAUGAUUGCAGUUGUAUAUGGUCUCCAGGCAAUCAUCUUCAUCAUAAAGCGGCAGUGGCAGCAUGUUGGUUGGAUGGUCAUCUACAUCUUGGCAUUCCCGAUCUACUCUUUUAUCCUUCCUGUCUACUCUUUCUGGGCCCAGGAUGACUUCUCGUGGGGUAACACGCGUAUCGUAAUUGGCGAAAGUGGGGAUAAGAAGAUCGUGGCAACUGAAGACGAAGGCUUCGAUCCCACGAGCAUCCCUCUUCAGACUUGGGAUGAUUAUGCAGCUCAAAACUCUCUUCCCGGGCGUCGUGGCGGUGCACCUGAGAAGUUUUCUAGCGGAUAUGAGGAUGGUGUUGAGCUUGAUGACAUUCAAUCGACAUACUCCUCCGUCAAGCCUGCCUCCACCAUUCUUACUGGUCUGCCUCAGAUGCGCAGUGCUCAUCCCUACAUGCCUCCUCAAUCGCCAGCCUUCCAGAACAAUAGACAAUCUACUUACUCGGCUUAUACCAACUUCACCGCUCAUCCGGGUGAUCAUAAUCAGCACCAACGCCUCAUGUCUAUGGGCGGUAUGAGCAACCGGGAUUACUGGCAGGAUGGCCAUGGAAACCGUGGCACCAUGAGCGCCGGAUUGCCGAGCCCUGAUAACUUGCUGGCUACGCAUACCCCGCCUAGAGCCACUAGUCGUAGUCCUCUUGAAUUUGGUAGUAGGCCGGUUAGUCAAAUAGAUUUUAUGAGAGCCGGGGGAGGACCAGAUGACGAGUUGAUUGUUGAUGCAAUUAGAGCAGUCCUCAGAGAGGUGGAUUUGGAGACUGUGACAAAGAAGCAAGGUGCGUUUUGAGCCCAUCUCCGCAUGUAAGUUGUUUCGAAGACUGACAUUGUGCAAUUCAGUGAGAGCAUUGGUCGAACAGAGGCUACAGACCGAGUGCCAAGGAGAGAGGCGAACCUUCCUCGACCGACAAAUCGAUACUGAGCUCGCAAACAUGCCAAUGUAGAUAAAGGCCGGUUAGCUUUCGGUCACGUCUUUCGUUUCUUGGGGGAGGUUGUUUUUGUUUUUGCCAUCCGUUUUUGCCAUUCUUUUCUCAUGUAUAAUUGCAGUGGAAGUUUCGCCGCUAUCACUGUUUAUGGCUCGUUACAAGGAGGGCCCUGGGAUGUGGGGUGGGGGUGUAGGCGGGUGGAUGGAAGUAUGAGACAGGGCAGUAAUGGAAGUCGAAGGGUGGCGCAGUGAUUUAGGGGUUGUAUUUUCUUGUGGGAAGUAGUUGUUUUUGCAUAAAAAGGGAAAAGGGGGGCGGAACAAGGGUACCGGAAGGCCGAAAUCAUGGAGUUGUCUUUUUCUUUUCUUUUCCUCUCAUACCCUGUUUUUUUUUCACAUUAUUUUACAUGAUAUCCUUAUUUAGUUUACGUUCGUUUGUUUCUCUUAUCUCCACAUGUUGUAGCCAAGAUGUCUUCCUGUUUAUCCGUCUUUUGUUUUGGGUUCGCCGAGCCUAGUGUCGUUCGCCCGCCAACGCGAAAAAAGGUCACACUUUGCUACCAUCUGAUGGUUGCUGCCGCACUGUCACGUCGGUCUAUCCUCCCUCUCUUUGUCCAGCUUUGUAAUACAAGUAAAACCACGUCUGAACCUAUCCCCCCGCUCAUUUUUGUACGGUAGGUUAUUCUCUCUACUCAGCUCUGCCUGUCUCGGCUUUCCGGUUCCGGAAUCACAUGGCGAAAGGUCACCCCACCGCCACACCGCACGGCAGCGCCGACUCAAUGCGGCUGAUGAAAGUGUGGCUCUAUUCACCUAGACUGCCAAUACCACACUCCACUCGAUGACGGAGUGCAAAUCCUGUAGAUGGGGGCUUCCUCGCCCGGGGGUGGAGUACCGAAGUGCUGGGUCGAGAUCUGGUGUUGGAAUGCGCGCACCGGACCCGCAAGUGCCAGUUC